AUGAGUGGUGCCCAAAUGAGAGGUUCGGCCGAGCAACCCCAGGGACUAUCAGAGAAGGAGAGAAAAUAUGACCGCCAACUUAGGCUUUGGGCAUCCAGCGGCCAGGAUGCACUUGAAUCUUCCCAUAUCCUUCUCCUUAACUCUGGCUCUGGGGCUGUAGGUAUCGGUCGCUUCACCAUUGUUGAUGAGGCUCUAGUCUCGGAGGCUGAUCUUGGUUCCAAUUUUUUCCUUGAUGAGAAUUGCCUUGGGCAUCUGCGCGCCGAAUCCUGUGCAGAGCGGCUGUUGGAACUGAAUCCCGAGGUCGAGGGUGACUGGUAUCCCAAAUCAAACCCACGACCUGCUGUCAUCACCGGAAGCAAAAAGCUAUGCCUUACAGGUAUAUCUCAGACAGGUGUCGACCUUGCUGCAGUUCUCGCUUCACCCGUGUCCUUCACCGCCAUCAUCUACACUUUCCCAAUUAGGGCAGACCACCUCGCCUUAGUCGAUUCAUAUGCGGAGACCCACAAGAUUCCCGUCAUCUCAAUUCAUUCAUCUGGAUUUUACUCGUAUUUCCAAGUGAGGCUCCCGGGUAUCUUCCCAAUCGUAGAUACGCACCCGGAUGAGAAUGCUAUAAACGACCUUCGGCUUCUAAACCCAUGGCCGGAGCUCGUUGAAUUCUGCCAGGAUCUUACGAGUGACGUGGAUGGACUCGACGACUACGAACAUGGCCAUUUACCGUUUAUUGCCAUCCUCUUUUAUUACCUGAAGGCAUGGAGGGACCACAAUGACAGUAGGAGCCCUUCUACACCGGAUGAGAAGCGCGCCUUCAGGAAAAUGGUAUUAGCAGGAAUGAGGACGAGCAACCCGGAGGGCGGGGAGGAGAAUUUUGAAGAAGCUGCCGCUGCCGUCCUCAAGGCUAUUUCCCAACCAAAGCUUCCUGCCUCUCUCAAGGAAGUGUUUGAACGGGCCCAAGGCACACCCGUGGAUCAGCGCACUGGUUUCUGGGCAAUUGCGAGUGCCGUUAAAGAAUUCUACGAUAGGCACGGUCAAUUGCCUCUUCCGGGUCGCAUUCCGGAUAUGAAAGCCAAAUCCGACGUAUACGUUCAGCUACAGAACUUAUACAAAGCGAAAGCACGAGCAGACACCGUCGAGAUCCUGGAUAGCGCCAAGUCUAUCUGUCCCAGCGCCACAGUCACGAUGAAAGAGGUUGAGUUAUUCUGCAGAAAUGCGGCAUUCAUCAGACUCAUCAACAGCCGAAGUCGAGGCUCGGACCAAACACAACUGAUUGCAGACCAAGAGUUUGCCAAUGAUGAGAUCGCCAAGCAGGCUGGGAUGGGUACUAGUUUGUUUCCCAUAUACCUCGCCCUUCGCGCCAUGCCAAACAGUCAUGUUGCAGGCGAGGAUGACAUACUGGCGAAUAUCGAAAAAUCUGUACCCUCGGCAAGUAGCCACGAGUCCAUUCGACUCGCUGCUCGAGAGGUCUCCCGGGCUAGUGGCGAGCUCCAUAACAUCGCUGCAAUCACCGGCGGCAUGGCAGCCCAAGAGAUUAUCAAGAUCAUCACGAAGCAGUAUGUUCCUGUCGACAAUACAUGUGUAUUCGACGGCAUCGGCAGUCGGUGUCAGAUAUUUUACCUUUGA